AUGGAGAAAACAAAUUGGGUAGGAUCAGCAUCCCUUAUAAUCGCGUCGAUCAAUACCCGAACUUUCCUGCACUCGAGGUUUCCUCUCGGAAAGGAAUGUGCUUUUUAUGGCCUCUUGAGGCAUGCUCUACAAGAUAAGCACAAAGACGAGAAGAUAGCAGAAGCCGAGAGCGAUUUCCACCCAGAAAUUCGCGCCAAGUGGCCCACAUCCGGAUGGAAUGGCCUGGUGACAGUCGACCGUGCAGUCUUUUCAACCGAAGAAGACUGGACUGAACGUGAUCGGAGUCAAGCAACCGACCAGUCUCUCGGUGGUGUUCACACUCUGUCCCUUGGAUUCUGGCCGUAUCCUCCACGACGCAACGUUAGUAGCCCUGAAUCCAAAUUUACUUGGGUAUGGUCUGCAGUGUACGCGGAUUCCGAUUCUGAAGCGUCUCUACGAGGGAACAUAAGGCGGAAAAAGCCCCACAUGGAGACUCUAUCCGACGCCAAUGUAUUAUUGAUCUCUAGAUGGCUAAGCAUUUGCUCGACGCUACAUAUUGAAUGCCGCCACAAGAGUGAUACAAGAUUACCAACACGCGUCAUAGACGUUGGUCCGGCAGACAAUUCACAACAUCCGCGUCUAAUAGUCACUUCAAAGGAGUCAGGAGAAUAUGUGGCCCUCAGUCACUGCUGGGGAUCUUUAAUCGCGUUUGAUUCGCGCCAGCAUGCUCGGACAUUGAAAAUCAACCCUCAAAGACAUGUUAGGUGGGAUACCUCUGAACAUGUUGCCCCAGAACUUUCAGGUGGAGUUCUCAUUGUUCGGAAGCUGCAGUUGCGCUUUCUAUGGAUUGAUGCUUUGUGCAUCAUUCAAGAUGACCCAGCGGACUGGGCAAGGGAAGCUGCGAGAAUGAACGAUGUCUAUGGAUUAGCCUAUCUGACUAUAGCUGCAACUUCCGCUAUAUCUAGUACUGAUGGUUUCCUAAAGCGGUCGCAGGAGACAACCAUCAGUAUACCCUACCACAAGGACGUUCGCGCCGAACCUGCCGGCCUCCUCUUCCUAGCUUACAUGCGAACGGGUGGCGAUACAAGGGUCUUGGUUUUCUAA